UUCAUUAGUGGAGUUAAGCUGCGAAGGUUGUGAUAAUAAUGGCAGUGAAAGUCUUGCGUCUCUUGGCGCUUUUAUGGGUAACCUUUGAGUUCGCUGCGGCGGGUUCAUAUGAAGGCUACAAAUUAUACGAAAUUGCAACGGAGACGAUUGCUCAAAGGAAUGCGCUAAACGCGCUCGCCCAAGAGGAUGCCGAUAAGUAUGACUUCCUGUCGCUAAGUCGUUUGCACACGCAAAAAGCUCGUGUGCUUGUAGCGCCCGCGCAUGAUGAGAGUUUCCAAGCAGAGCUGCGUAGUCAAAAAAUACCAUUUGAAUUGAAAAACACCAAUUUCGGACGCACCAUUCAAACUGAGGUGCUGCAGAACCGUAUGCUACGUCAGGCGAAGCCUUACAACGGCACCGGUCGUUUGGGUACCGAACGUUACUACUCGCACGACGAGAUCAAUGCUUACUUGGACGAUCUGGCGGCACGUUAUCCCACACGCGUAUUCGUACGAAUUGUGGGUAAGACCUAUGAGGGACGCAUACUCAAAACGAUUACCAUUACCAAUGGUGAUGGCGUUACCGGCAAGAAUGUGGUCUUCAUGGAUGGCGCCUUCCAUGCACGCGAAUGGAUCUCACCAGCCACUGUAGUUUAUGCUAUUGGUGAAUUGGUGGAGAAUUUUGAAGCUCACGCUGAGUUAUUGCAAGAUUACGAUUGGGUUAUAUUACCGGUGAUGAAUGCUGAUGGCUAUGAGUAUACACAAUCGGCGAGCGCUUUCCGUUUAUGGCGUAAGACACGUCAGCCAGUGACAGAGAACGGCGUCACAUGCUAUGGUACCGAUCCGAAUCGUAACUUUGGCUUCCAUUGGAUGGGUAAGGGUGCCUCCUCGAAUCCAUGUUCAGACAUUUAUGCUGGCCCGAGUGCAUUCUCGGAACCCGAAGCGGUGGUGGUGCGUGAUAUUAUGCAUUCGCUGCGCGACCGUGGUAUUUUGUAUCUGACUAUACACUCAUACGGCUAUGCGCUCUUCUAUCCUUGGGGCUGGGGACCUGAGCUACCCGAUACUUGGGAGGAUCUGCACGAGGUGGCUAUGGUAGGCGCCGAUGCUAUACGUGACUAUAGCGGCACUGAAUAUGAGGUGGGCUCCUCAACUGCACUUUAUGGAGAAGCUGCUGGUGCCAGUGAUGAUUAUGCAUUCAGUGAAGGUUUUACCCUAUCCUAUACGAUGGAGUUACCGCACGGUGGUGAUAGCGGUUUCGAUCCGCCACCAUCGGAUAUCGAUCGGUUGGUGAAAGAGACCUGGACGGGCAUACGUGCGAUGGGCAAGAAGGUAACAACCAAGUAUCCAACACCAAAGCAAACACUGUCGUAGUUAAGUGACGAGAAAUACAACGCAUUUUCGUAAAAGAAAUGGGAAUUUACCGUAAUAAAUAACUAUUUCGUAUUUGCAAAGCUUUGAAA